AUGUCUGCCUGGGAUACCGAUACAGUCAAGAUUGGAAAGAAUGUCCGCAGCGGCGCCGGCGGACCCCGUGAGACUGUUGUCCGCGGCCAAUCAGCCCUCAACGCUGCUCGCCGUAGCGGUGCCGCCAUCGCGACCGAGAAGAAGUUCGGGGCUGGCAACGCUGCCUCCAAGCCCGGUGUAGAAGGCCAGCGCCUCACCAUGGUCGACCGCGCCGACGAUAUCGUCAAGCCCAAGACCGUCGGCAAGGAAGUCGGCCAGGCUAUCCAAAAAGCCCGCUCCGAAUUCGCCAACCCCAACGGCACCAAGGGCAUGACCCAGAAGGAUCUCGCCACCAAGUGCAACACCACCCCCACCAUCGUCGCCUCCUUCGAGCGCGGUGACGCCACCCCAGACCAGAAGGUCCUUUCCAAUAUGGAGCGCGUCCUCAACGUCAAACUCAGAGGGAGCGAUAUCGGCAAGCCAAAGUUUGAGAAGAAGGAGAAGAAGUGAAGGGACUCAUGUCCGGAUAACUUUACUUCUAGAGGGUCCUGCCUCGAUGGUCGGGACUGGGCGGGAUAUAAACGCCGAGUCCUGGGAUAACAUGGGGCAUGGAAGGGAGGAUAAUGAACCAUCCUCAUUUUCACCGGCUAGCUUGCUGGUUGGGCUAGAGAUGAUGAUUUCAAGACAUAUGGGUGGGGUUUUGCAGAGCGAUAGAUGAGCUUCAUGAAAUUCCUUUUUAGCGUUUUGGGUUUUUCAUACGGGCUGUUUAUCAGCGAGGACACUGGGCGGGGUUGCAUUCUGUGUGUUUCUCUUCUAAAGAGGGGGAAAAUGGCGGCGUUUACAAGUCGAGAAGGCGAAAUCUUUUCGUGUAUUGUAAAGAAUGAUUCUGCGAUGAAUAGACAGACAGAUGCCUUUACAAAGGGCAAAAUAGAACCGUUUUUGUCUUCGUAUGUUUAAUGAGUGUCCAUCACGAA